CGGGUAUCGGUCGGUGCGUGUACGGUAUAUUGUUGUUGUGAGUGCAUCAGCCCUGUCGUGCGAUGGUGAUACCAGUGUUGUGUUUGUUGUUGUUGGCGGCCGGAGCGGCGGAGGUUACAGAUGAGCAAUACUACUCCAUGCCCAAGCUGUACGAGCUGGAUGACUACGACGAAUGCCUCGCGACCCGCGGCGCCUUCUGCGUCGGCACCUUCCACCUCACCUCAAAGCGGCACAGCCCUCUCCUGAACCUCGUACAGUCAACCUCCGAAAUCAAGCACAACUUCAACCACACACGCAUACAAAGAGGAUACUGUGUGACGACGACAUGCGCACACAUACAAGGCGACUCUCCCCUACAAGUCUUCCAGGAGUGCGUCCAGAAUCUCACCAACAAGACGUAUGCAUUGGACGCAGAGCCCAUAGAGCAACAAUACUGCAGGACUAAGGAGACAGUCUCCCAGCCUAUAGAUGUUCCGGAUAUCAUAUUCGCCUUUUUCGUCGGGUUGAUCGUGAUUGGCAACGUGGUUGGAACUUUAUAUGAUUUCUUCAGAAGUCCGGAUAAUAAACCUAAUCGCUACCUGAUGGUGUGGUCUGCGCGCGUCAACUGGAACAGACUGAUGGCCACUUACGAGAAAGAGGACCCUCGGCUCUGCGCGCUCGACCCCGUCAACGGACUGAAAGCAAUAACCCUGAUACUGGUGGUCAUAACACACUCCGUGCUUACCUACUUCAUGACCUUUGUGUACAACCCGGUGUACUUGGAAAUGGUAGUUCAACAGCCCCUGCCGUCCCUAUUGUCCAACGGCACGGCAGUGGUGCAGAUAUUCAUCAUCCUGUCCAGCUUCCUAGUCGCCUACAACGUGCUGCUGUCAGUCCACGACCAGCCGGACAAGAACACCGGACUGACUUUCUGGUGUAAGAUGAUUCUGCACCGACUUGCGAGAAUAACGCCCCUGUCCAUGUUCGUGGUUGGACUGUCGGCGACGUGGUGGCGCCACGCGAGCCACGGCCCGCUGUGGCCGGCGAUGGUGGACGCAGAGAGUGGACGCUGCAGGACCAAGUGGUGGACGCACGCUUUAUACAUCAACAACUUGGUCAUGCCUGACAAGAUGUGCCUAAUACAAACCUGGUUCCUAGCAGUAGACAUGCAGCUGUACGUGGUGACGUCAGUGCUGCUGGUGCUGCUAGUGAGACGUCACCGGACAGCAGUCAAAGUGCUGUCCUGUCUGUUCGUACUCUCCGUGCUGGCCAACUUCGCCAUAGUCUACUACUGGGAUAUGACCAUCAUGUUUCUUGGGGAACCCGAAAUGAUGCGCCGGCACUACGACACGCCGUCGUUCACGUGGCUGUACGCGGCGCCCUGGAGCAGCGCCCCCGCCGCCAUCCUCGGCCUCCUCCUCGCCUUCGUCUACUACCUGAUGAGGGAGAAUGAAUACGACCUUCAUAGCAACACUUAUUUCCGCAUCAUCUACCGCAUGAGCUUGCCGGCCAUAAUCCUGUGGUUUCUGGGCGGGUACAUGUUGAAGGACUGUCGCUCCAAGCUCCUCGUCACGCUGUUCACCACGCUGGAGCGGCCCGUGUUCAGCGCGCUGGUCUCCGCGAUCAUGAUCGGCUUCUUCUACAGGGUGGACCGCUUUUGGUGGCAGAUGAUGUCGUGGCGCGUGUGGCAGGUGCUGGGCCGGAUGUCGCUGUCCGUGCUCAUGAUACACUGGCUCCACAUCAUGACGCUGCUGGCUCUCAAGACCAACCUCGCGAGAGCCUCCUUCUGUGAAAUUGGUGGACACUUUUUGGCAUCUUUGUUCCUGACUUACGUGACGUCAUUUCCGUUGUACAUUUUUGUCGAACUACCCACACAAAGGUUUUUGCAAUCCUUUAUGUGAUAUUAAAGAAAAUAUAGGUUCACAAGGACUAGAAUGUGCUGUAAAGCUUUACACAAAGGCGAAACUGUGGUUUUUCGUUCAAAGGUGUCAGAGAACAAAGUUUUACGACAAUUUCUGAAGGUUACGGUUUGUAAAAAAAUUAAAGUCCGGCCGCUCAGAGAUUGCGUUUUUGACAGGUCGUGAUCGAAUGGGACAAACACAUUCAAUUACAAUUGCCUAGUUAUUUUGUCUCAUCACUACAAAGAUAAACAGUUGGCAAAACCUUGAAAAAGCGCAGUUCUAAUAGAAAUAUUAAUAAACUUUAUUACCAUACUUAUUACAAAUUCAAUUAUUCAAUUUUAAUUAUUAUUGUGCUUUAACUACAAUACAAAAAAAAAUAAAAAUACAAUUUACAAAAUACAUAAGAAUAUAUAAUAUAUAUCUAUACUUACACAUAUACAUAUACACACAUACCAAAAAAAAGAAAUAAUAAUAAUAAUAAAAUAAUAAUACGAGUUAAUUAUCUAUAAUUUUAUUUUUAAAAAAAUAAAGAUUUGUGGAAUUAUCCUCAUGUCUAUUUAAACAAAUCGUGCUGCCUUUAUUUGAGAUUUAAUACAAUUUCUCACUUUGUAUUAAAAGCUAACAAUCUUUCCCUGAGUACGAAUUGCGGGCUCUUCAACCUUGUACGCCAGUUCGAAGUUACAUCGCCCAUUCGAUCUCGAAUCGCAAACGAAGAAACGCAAUCUCUGAGCGAUCUGACUUGAUAUUGCUUUAUUUAAUCUAUCAUUUAUUGUAUGAUAAUUUUUUUUUAUAUUAACAAUCAAUACAAAAUUAAUACAAAACACUAUUAAAAAUUCCCGCUGCGGGACAUUUGAGUGCCCAAGCAACUAAACCGGCGACGGUCAAGGCUCCAGAGAGAGGAUGCUCCGUCUCACGAAUCACUGCCUUCUGUAUCCGACCCUUGAUCCAGCAGUUCAGCGAAAGUUUCUUAAGGUGUUGGUCGAAGCUUUACAAUAGAUUAAUUAUUCUUAUUAAUAUAAAUACCAAACAAAUGAAGUGAAAUUUAAAAAUGCAUUUCCUCCUAUUUACACAAAGAUAUACUUAAUUAUUUCAUAUUUUUGCCUACAAUCGAAAACAUUUUACUUGUGACUAUAAAUUAGGUGCGUAUAAAACUAGUAAACGAAGAAUGAUUUACAGUAUAACAAAUAAUAACUCCAAGAAAUUAAUGUAAAUCAAAAAAAUAUAACACUAAUAUUAUUUAAAAAAUUGAGAACGUCCUUUUUUCUUGUUCAACUAUUUUCAACUGUGAUAUUAAACUGUACAAUUACAAAUAAAUUAAUGUAACACUCACGUGGUAUUAUAAUAUAAAUGUAUAUUAAAUAUAUAAUUAUAUAAUAAGUAAUUAUAAUAAGUUAUUAUAAAAUAUAAAUGUAUAUUAAAAACA